AUGGGCUCCCACCACAGUAACUACAUUGCGUACACUACCGGCAUGGGCUCCCACCACAGUAACUACACUGAGUACACUACCGGCAUGGGCAUCCUACACAGUAACUACACUGAGUACACUACCGGCAUGGGCUCCCACCACAGUAACUGCACUGAGUACACUACCGGCAUGGGCUCCUCCACAGUAACUACACUGAGUACACUACCGGCAUGGGCUCCACCACAGUAA